AUGGUGAAGGCUCUGAUUGGGCUUGACUGGCUUGACACAAGCUCCAAAGUCUGGUUGAAGGAGGGUAUAAAGUGGCCGCACAUUCAGCAGCAGCUUGCAGGCGCAGCGUCUACAGCUGAGGUUGAUCUUCUGGCUAAGGUAGAUGAAGUUUGCAGUUUCCACUCCUCCGAAAAAUGCAGUAAGACCUAG